ACCCUCUCUAGUCUAACAUAAACUCACUAUCAUCAUGUUCACCCGCCUCUCUACUGGUGUCUGUGUUCUCCUUGGCUUGACGGCCCUUCUGGGCGUCAACGCUGGAGUAGUCCCAGUUGCUCGCGACGUAGAAGUAGGCAGCUAUGGUACAUCAGCACUUUAUGCAAUCAUAAGAGAUACAGAACUUGACAAGCGUGUCGUGGCGCGAGAGACUGAGCUGACGUCCGGGUUUGACACAAAGAGGGACACGGAGCUGACCUCUGGGUUCGAGACAAAGAGGUCGGAUUCCGGGUACAUAUGGGGCGGAGGGUAAAAGACGUCCGGGUACGACACGUAUGUUGAACGACUCUAGGUUACGCUGGAAAUCCGAUUCUGUCAGUUGUGCUGGUGGAACUGGCAGAAUCGCCACUUGGAAAUUCUGUAAAGCAAUUUAAGCUAGUGUAUUACGCAAACGAGGA